AUGUUCCCCAGCCCCGCGCUCGCGCCCACCCCGUUCUCCGUCAAAGACAUCCUGAGCCUGGAGCUCCAGCGGCAGCAGCGGCGGCAGCGGCGCAGCCCGGGCCCGCCGCCGCCCGCGCGCCCCGAGCCCGCCGCGGCCCCCGCCUGCAUGCUGGCCGCCGCCGCCUUCCAGCCCGAGGCCUACGCGGGGCCCGGGGCGCCCGGCCUGGCGCACGCCGCCGCCGCGGGCCCCGCCUCGCCGCCCGCGCCCGGCGCCCCGGCCUGCCCCGACGCCCCGGCCUUCUACCCGCGCGUCUACGGAGACGCGGAGCCCGCGCGGGACCCCCGAGCCGAGAAGAAAGGCGCAGAGGCGGAGCGCGGGCGCGCGCGCAGGCGCCGGCGGCCCCGCGUGCUCUUCUCGCAGACGCAGGUGCUGGAGCUCGAGCGGCGCUUCAAGCAGCAGCGCUACCUGUCGGCGCCGGAGCGCGACCAGCUGGCGGGCGCGCUGCAGCUCACCUCCACGCAGGUCAAGAUCUGGUUCCAGAACCGGCGCUACAAGUGCAAGCGGCAGCGCCAGGACCAGACGCUGGAGCUGGCGGGCUUCCCGCCGCCGCCGCCGCCCGCGGGGCCCGCGCGCCGCGUGGCCGUGCCCGUGCUCGUGCGCGACGGCAAGCCCUGCCUGGCCGAGCCCGCGCCCUACGCGCCCGCCUACGCCGGCCUGGGCCUGGGCGCCUACGCCUACCCCGCCUACCCCGCCUACCCCGCCUACGGCGCCGGCGCCGCCCCGGCCUGCGCGCCCGCCGCCUUCCCCGCCGCCGGCCCCGCCGCCGGCGCCCACGGCGGCUUCGGGAACUUGGGCGGCGUCGGGGACUUGAACGCGGGCGGCGGCGGCGGCGGGCCCGGCGUGGCGCAGGGCGGCCCCGGGGUGUCCACGCUGCACGGCAUCCGAGCCUGGUAG